AUGACGAGCGCCGGGGCGGCGGCAGGCGCCGCGCUAGGCGCGCGCACGGCGCGGUCCUGCGACGGUUGCAUGCGGCGGCGGGCGCGCUGGCACUGCCCCGCCGACGACGCCUUCCUGUGCCAGACCUGCGACAUCUCCGUCCACUCAGCGAACCCGUUGGCGCGCCGACACCACCGCGUCCGCCUCCCCUCGGCGUCCUGCUCUUCCCCACCGUGCGACCCCGACGCGCCCACGUGGCUCCACGGCCUCAAGCGACGGCCGCGCACGCCGCGGUCCAAGCCGGGGGGAGGCAAGCACGAGGCGACGACGCCCAACUCUAUCGCCUGGGCCGCGUCGGCAGCGGUCCCCGACCUCGAGGCGGAGGACUCUGGCUCCGGCAUCGUGGGCGAUAACGACGACGAACACGGGUUCCAGGACGACGACGAGGACCUUCUGUACCGCGUGCCGGUGUUCGACCCUAUGCUCGCCGAGUUCUACAACCCCGUGGCCGACGAGGGGGAGCAGAAGCCGGCCUGUCUGAUGCCGCCUCUCGCGGAAACAUCGCCGGAGUUCGCCUCCGGCGUCUCGGCAGAGGCGGACGGGCUCUCCGGGUUCGACGUCCCGGACAUGGAGCUCGCUAGCUUCGCCGCGGACAUGGAGAGCCUCCUCAUGGGAGUCGACGACGGGUUUGAUUAUCUGGGUUUCUUGGACGAAGAGAAGCCUCAGGUGAACGCGGACGCGGACUUGGUGGCCAUGGCGGCGCCGGCGCUUGAACGAGAGGACAAGAAAAGGAAGCGGCCGGAGAUGAUACUCAAGCUCAACUACGAGGGCGUCAUCGCCUCGUGGGUCCGUGACGGCGGAUCGCCGUGGUUCCACGGCGAGCGUCCUCACCUCGAUCCUUACGAGUCAUGGUCUGACUUCCCGGCGGGAAGCCGGGGUCUCCUCGGCGGCGCCGUGACAGCGGUGACCGGCGGCGAGCGUGAGGCGCGGGUGUCGCGGUACAGGGAGAAGCGGCGGACGCGGCUGUUCGCCAAGAAGAUCCGGUACGAGGUGCGCAAGGUCAACGCCGAGAAGCGGCCGCGGAUGAAGGGCCGGUUCGUGAAGCGUACCACGCUUCCGCCGCUGCCGAGGCCGCCACCGCCGCCGCAGCAGCAGAAGCAACUGCCACAGGCACUACCACACGAGGGCAUGGUGCUCGCGCCACCUCCGGUAGCGAACGGGCGCUUCCAGUUUUGA